GAUGUGUUGCUCCUCAUGAACAAGAAUAUGGAUAUUCUGGAGAUAGCAAUUAAGUAAGCAUCUCAGCAGGGUGCUUGAAUCAUUGUGACUCUAGAAGAUGCACUUUAUGGAUGGCAAUUUACCAGAGAGAGCAUUUUCCCUUACAUGGAGGAUAUCCCAGACCCUCAGGUGGAUUGGAUUCCAUGUCAAGACCCAUUUAGAUUUGGUCACACACCAGUACAAGGAAGACUCAGCUGGCUGGCCAAGAACAGCUCUAUCUAUGUCUUGGCAAACAUGGGGGACAAAAAGCCAUGUAAUUCCUACAGAUGUCCUCCUAAUGGCUACUAUCAAUACAAUACCAGCGUGGUGUACAACUCAGAAGAACUGGUGGCAUGGUACCAUACGUACCAUCUCUACUUGCAGCCUCAGUUUGAUGUCCCUGAGAAGCCAUAGCUGGUGAUUUUCAACACCACAUUUGGAAAGUUUGGCAUUUUCACAUGCUUUGAUAUAUUCUUCCAUGACCCUGCUGUGACCCUGGUGAAAGAGCUUUAAGUGGACACCAUACUGUUCCCCAUGGCUUGGAUGAAUGUAUUGCUCCUUUUGACAGCCAUUGAAUUCCAUUCAGCAUGUGCAUUGGGAAUGAGAAUGAAUCUUCUUGCAUCUAACCUGCAUCAUGCCAGCCUAAAUAUGACAGGGAGUGGUAUCUACGCACCACAGUCUCCCAAAGUGUACCAUUACGAUAUGGAAACAGGAUUGGGAAAGAUGCUCCUUGCAGAGUUGGACUCAGAUCCUCCCACCUCUCCUGAAUACCUAGCAGCUGUGACUUGGAGUGCCUAUGCUACCACUAUCAAACCAUUCCCAGUACAAAAGAAACAUUUUGGUGGAUUUAUUUACUGGGAUCAAUUCAAUUUCACAGGACUUUUUGAAAAUGCAGAAAAUUUUACAGUCUGUCAAAAAGAAUUAUGUUGUCAUUUAAGCUAUAGAAUGUUAGGAAAAGAUGAUCAUGAAGUUUAUGUUCUGGGAGAUUUUGAAGGACUUCAUGGCUCAAGAAGAGAGUAUUGGGAGGGAGGCACAAUGCUGAAGUGAAAAACUACUAAUCUGACAACUUGUGGGCAGCCGGUAGAAACUGCCUCUACGACCUUUGAAAUGUUCUCCCUCAGUGGUACAUUUGAAACAGAAAAUGUUUUUCCUGAACUGCUGCUUUCUAAAAUUCAUCUGUCACCUGGAAAAAUUGAGGUGCUAGAAGACGGUCAUUUGAUGAACAAGAAUGGACCAUCUGGGCCUAUCCUCGCAGUAUCUCUGUUUGGGAGACGGUACACAAAGGACUCACUUUCCAACCCAUGUAUGACUAACAAUCCAGCAAUAAUUUAUCUGCCGAUAUACACAUUAUUAGUGAUUUUAAAAAUAUUGUAA